AAUAUAUAUAACAAAACUCAUCUAGCUCUCACAUUGAUGUUUGAUAUUUUCAGGGUUACUGAGGUUACGGACAAUAACCUUGUGCAGCUGGAGACCUUGGAUGGAAAGCCAUUGAAGACCAGGACACCCUAUGCUUCAGUGAAGCCUGUGCAGAGAAGAUCCCAGGCUGCCUGGCCCACCAAGGAGACUGUGUCCAAUCUAUCUGAGACUGAGUCAGCAGAUUCAGAGUUGGAGGAGGACCCACUAGAGGACUUGGAUGUUGUCAUCACUAGUGUCCAGCCAGGCCGGGCUUAUCGAGCUUCACUGAGCAAAAGGGUGGAGGACUUCAGGGCCAUGCUCAGCAACCCAAGUACUUGGUUGGAUGACCAUGCUAUGGACCAUGCUCAGGCCCUGCUUAAGGCUAAGUACCCCAACGUCAACGGGCUCUACGCCACCACCUCCCUAGCCUUGCUGUCCACUUUGCCCGAGCCAGCACAAGGGUUUGUACAGAUUCUCAAUGUUACUGCAAAUCACUGGGUUACGGUAAGUGACAUUGGCUGCCAGGGAGGUUCAGUAAACAUUUUUGACUCCCUAGGACACACCAGGACAGAGGUCUUCAUUGAACAGGUCACAGGUCUGCUUGCUUUUCCAGGGAAGAGUGUCCGACUGCAGUGGCCUGACAUACAACAGCAGGCAGGUGGAUCAGAUUGUGGACUGUUUGCUAUUGCCAACAGUUUUGCUCUCUGCAGCGGUGAGGGUCCCACCACAGUCCAAUACCAUCAAGGACAAAUGCGCAGUCACCUCUUUUCCUGUUUUCAGGCUGGAGAAGUGCAACUCUUCCCUAGAGCCAUGAGGUCCCCCACUGCCGAGCCAUUCGCCAUUGAUGUGGAUGUGCACUGCCUCUGCAGACGGACCAUCGGGCAAGGAAAAGCACCUCUGGUCCCAUGUGAUAGGCCCUUUCACCAGUCCUGUCUUUCCCAUGUACAGAAUAUUUCUGAAUACAUUUGUCCAAAUUGUCAAAUCAUAUUCUAACUAUUCUGCUCAGUUUUUUUCCUUUGUAGGACUGGUAGGUUAGGUAUGCUGGAGAGUUAUUUGGUUCUUGUUAAUAUUCAGAUUUUCCUUAAUAGUUCUACUGUCAAUAUUGCUGUUCGUAUGUUAUGGAUAUUGUAUAUAUUUAAUGCAUCUUCUAAACAGUAUAAUAUAGCCUGAUAAAUGAUUAAUUUCUGGGAUCAAUAAUAUAUGUUCAACGCUUUUGCUAUUUUUGAUUGUACAGCACUUUGGUCAACCGUUGUUGUUUUUACAUGUGUUCUAUAAAUACAUUU